AACAAAUAUGGCAGCCUCCAUGGUUUGACAAUCGUAAAGUUUGUUUUUCCUUACAUUUUUCCCAAGAACUUCACAUUGAUAGUUUAUCAGAACUUUUUAUUAGUUGAAGACGCAAAUAACAGUUGAUACCUGUUUUUGAACCAUGGCCUCAAUUUUGGACCAAUAUGAAGAGGAAUCUGCAAGAGCUGCCUCAGUCAGAGUAGCACCAGUACAGGAACCAAUUGGUCCAGGUUUUAUAGAUGCAAGAUUAGAAUCGGAUAUGCCUAUAUUUAGCAAAAAGAAGGUGAAUUUUAAACCACCAAACCCAAUCACACACCUUGUUGUCUGUAAUAAUUUCUUAGUAAUGGCAAUGAACAGUAACAUAUUACUACGCCUUGACCUUGAGCAUCCAGAACAACCAGAUGAGGUAGAAAUACCAAGAGCUGUGGAGGACAAAGUUCAUCAAAUAUUCCUGGAUCCUACGGGACGUCAUUUCAUCAUUAGUAUGGAAUCCACAGAAAAUUAUUACCUGUCCAGAAAUUCAAAGAGACCAAAACCUAUUGGAAAAAUCAAGGGUCAUCACAUAGAUUCUGUGGGAUGGAACUGGCAAAAUGCCAAUGAAUCAACAACUGGUGCUAUUUUAUUAGGAACCAGUAAAGGUUUGAUAUUUGAGACAGAACUUACAGACAAUGAGAACAGUAGAUUUUUCCAGGGAAGUCUAGAUCAGUAUCUCAAACAGUUAUUUAACUUGGGAAGUGAGAACGCAGUAUCUGUGACGGGUUUAGAGUUUGAUAGGAUGCCAUGCGAGUCUAUGACAGAAUAUAAAUAUUUUAUCCUAGCUACAACUCCUGGACGCUUAUAUCAGUUUUUAGGCAGUGUAUCAAAGUCUGCAGAGCCUCCAAUGUUUCAACAGUUUUUUGCAGACUAUGAAAAACAAAAAGCUCCCUUCUUAGAGUUGCCAGGAAACAUGGGCUACAGUGAAUUAAAACUUUAUUUUCCAAAGUUUAGAGGUUCUGCAAGGACAUUUGCCUGGAUGACAGGACCUGGUGUGUACUUUGGAAAUUUGGAUUUCACAGGUGAAGCUGGACCAAAAUCUGUGACAACUCAAACAAAACUUAUACCAUACCCUAAAGACAGUGAUGGAGAGAAGACACAUCCUAUCUCCAUGGUUCUGACAGAAUUUCAUGUUCUAUUACUAUAUCAAGACAGAAUAAAAGUAGUAUGUGUAUUAAAUGAUCAACUGAUAUAUGAUGACGUGUAUGCUGAUAGGCUUGGAAAACUAAUGGGAUUAUACAAAGAUCCACUGAAAAUGAGUAUCUGGACUUAUACCUCACAGAAUGUCUUUAAAUAUAAGGUUACUCGAGAGGCAAGAGAUGUGUGGCAGAUGUAUUUAGACACAGAGGAGUUUGAAAAUGCUAGGGAAUAUUGCAGUGAUAAUCCAGCUCAGGUUGAUCGAGUAUUAACAAAACAGGCAGAACAUCUCUUUUCAAAGAAGAGAUAUGAAGAAAGUGCUGUUCUAUAUGCACAGACCAGGAACUCAUUUGAAGAAGUGGCUUUGAAAUUUAUCAGACUGGACAGAAAGGAUGCUUUACGAUCAUUUAUAAUGAAGAAAUUAUCAUCUCUCGGCCCUCAGGACAAAACACAAAUGACCAUGCUAGUGACUUGGUUAAUUGAAAUAUUCCUGAACCAGCUAGGUGAACUAAAGGAAAAUAUGGAAGAACAACCAGAAAAAUAUGAAAAAAUUCAAGAGGAAUUCAGACGCUUUCUCAAGGAACCAAAAAUUAAGGAAUGUGUAAGUAAUAACAGAGGAGUGGUGUAUGAUCUCAUUGCAAGCCACGGAAACGUAGAAGAUAUGGUUUUCUUUGCCGUUCUUAUGCAAGAUUUUGAGAAAGUGAUAUCCCAUUACCUUCAGCAGGACGAUUACAAUGGGGCAUUAUUAAUAUUGAGGAAACAAAGUGAUGUGGAACUGUAUUACAAGUUCUCUCCCUUGUUAAUGCAGUAUAUUCCAAAGGAAACAGUCACUGCAUGGAUUGCUAAGUCAUCAGAAUUAGAACCAAUGAAAUUGAUCCCAGCUCUUGUUCAAUAUGAUCAUGAUAAAUAUAGGGAACAGGGUAAUGAAGCAAUAACAUACCUAGAGUUCUGUGUAGAAAAACUGACUAACAAAGAGAUGGCCAUACAUAACUAUCUUCUCUCUCUAUAUGCUAUUCUUAGACCUGACCGACUCAUGCAAUAUCUGGACAUACAAGGAACAGAUCCGGAUGAGAUCUGUUAUGAUUUGAAGUAUGCAUUAAGACUGUGUAUGGAACAUGAUCGAAAGAAGGCCUGUGUACAUAUUUAUUCUUUAAUGGGAUUGUAUGAAGAAGCUGUAGAUUUAGCUUUAGAUGUUGAUGUAGAGUUGGCAAAGACCCAAGCUGAAAAACCUGAAGAUACAGAUGAUGAGUUAAAAAAGAAACUUUGGCUUAGAAUUGCCAGGCAUGUUGUAGAAAAAGAGAAAGAUGUAAAGAGAGCCAUGGAAUUUCUCCAUGAAUGUGAUUUACUUAAGAUUGAAGAUAUCCUUCCAUUUUUUCCUGAUUUUGUUACCAUUGACCAUUUCAAGGAUGCCAUCAUCACAUCAUUGCAAGAAUACAACAGUCAUAUAGAAACAUUGAAAGAAGAGAUGGAUGAAGCGACAGGAAGUGCAGAAGAAAUUAGAAAAGAAAUACAAAGUUUUAGGAAUAAAUAUUCAACAGUAAAAGCCAAUGAUAAAUGUGCAGCUUGUAAUUAUCCAUUGAUGACCCGAGGAUUCUACUUAUUCCCAUGCCAACAUAAAUUCCAUUCAGAUUGUUUGAUAGAAGAAGUGAUACCAAAUUUAACAACUACAAAGAAAAACCGUGUGGUUGAGUUACAAAGGAAACUUGCAGAACAUGAAAGCAGUAAAAUACAACAACAACAAUCAAAUGAUUUAUCAUCACUGAAUAUUCCUAAACAUUUAGAUAUAAAGGCAGAAUUAGAUGAUCUUGUAGCAUCAGAAUGUCUUUAUUGUGGUGAUUUUAUGAUAAGAUGUGUAGAUAAACCAUUUAUUGAUGAAGAGGAAGAAGAUCAGUCACAUUCUAGCUGGAAUUAAAACAGUAUAACCAUCAUUUUUCCUCUUGGAAAUAAUUUAAAACAGUAUAACCAUACUCUUUCUAACUGGAAUUGAAUUCAAACGAGAUAACCAUCUUAUCUCUAGGUAGAAAUAAUUAAAACAGUACAACCUUCCUCUCUCUAGCUGGAAAUUAGUAAAUCAUUCACAAAUGAUUGGAAAAAAAACAGUGGAUAAACAAUUCAAUUAUAUUUUCAGUAAUUUGUACCUUUUCAGACAGCUUUAUAAAUGUAUUGCUUAACUGAGUUUGGUUUCAAUGUUUUCAGCCAUUUAUUAUUUGAAAUUUUGUUGAAGUGAUCUACAAAUUUCUAUGGUUUUGUCUGAUUAUUGUAAUUUGAACAUCAUAAAAAAGUGACUUCAUCUGCUGACAACAUUUAGGAGCACCUAUUAAUUGAUUCUAACAAAGAGACGACAAUGAUUAAUUAAAUAUCAUGUAAAAAAACAUUAAAGAAAAAAAUUCUAACAAAGCAUAAUGUGGUGUACAAUAUUGCUCAACUCUCAGAAUUUUCAUUUUUAAAUAUCAAUGAUGAUGUUUGAAAAUAAAGCCUAAAAAAGCUUAUUACACUUAUAUGAGUAAUUGAGUGAAGACUGGCAUAGGAGGUCUAUAAAUGAAAUAGCUCCAAUGGAGCCUCAGUUAGUUGUAGCUAUAUCAAUAAAGUAAAUCAGUGGGAAAAAGUUCAUUACUUAAGCAUUACCUUAUUUUUAUUGUCCUAUUAAUACACUAUAUCUUCAUUAUAAUUAAAAAAAAAAUUGAGUCACAUUGCAUUCAGUUAGGAAAUAUAAAAAAAAUCAGCCAUACAUUUUUGUACAGAAGAGGGAUUCACUGACUUGAAGAAGAAUUGACUACUUUCUAUAGCCAUAGGGGGAGUCAAAUACAAUGUCUAAUGUUUGUAUUAAUGCUGUAAUGUUAUAUGAUCGUUUUGUUAUAAUUUAUUAUGUUAUGUGCAAUAUUAAUAUUUUUAUGAU